AUGAAUCCUCUCCACGGUGCAGCUUCUGGAGGCUACUUAGAAGUCAUGGAAUAUCUCAUUCAGCAAGGAUCUGAUGUUAACAAGGCAAAUGCCAAGGGUUGGACACCAUUCAAUGCUGCUGUUCAAAAGGGUCAACUAGAAGCCGCUAAAUAUCUCAUGACUGAAGGAGCAAAGCAGAACAAAUAUGCUGGCAUGAACCCACUCUAUGCAGCAGCACGAUAUGGUCAUUUAAACAUCAUCGAAUUCUUCCUUUCCAAAGGAGCUGAUGUAAACGAGGAAAAUGAAACAGGACGGAUUCCUCUCCAUGGUGCAGCUAUCCACGGUAACACUGAAGUCAUGAAAUAUCUCAUUCAGCAAGGAUCUGAUGUGAACAAGGCAGAAGCAAAGGGUUGCACUCCAUUCAAUGCUGCUGUUCAAUCUGGCCAUCUAGAAGCCGUAAAAUAUCUCAUGUCUGAAGGAGCGAGGCAAAACAAGUAUUAUGGAAUGACCUCACUCUAUGCUGCAGCACGAUUUGGUCAUUUAGACAUCGUGGAAUUCUUCAUAUCCAACGGGGCUGAUGUGAACGAAGAAGAUGAUGACGGUAUGAUUCCUCUCCACGAUGCAGCUUGUGAAGGCCACUUGAAAGUCAUGGAAUAUCUCAUUCAACAAGGGUCUGAAAUGAACAAGAAAGAUAACCGUCAAAUAUCUCUGGAAUACGAAGGCGACAGAGAGUAUAUAUAUAACGGAAUCACUCCACUAUUUUCCGCAGCGAGAUUUGGUCAUAAAGACGUAGUAAAAUUCCUUGUUUCCAAAGGAGGUAAUGUAACGGAUAGAGAUGGUAUAGGCCAGACUCCUUUACAUGGUGCAGCCAUAAAAGGUGACAUUGAAAUGCUGCAAUAUCUCAUUCAAGAAGGAUGUGAUGUGAACAAGAAAGACAACACCGGAAUGACCCCAUUCAUUGCUGCUGUUCAAAAUGGCCAUCUAGAAGCUAUCAAAUAUCUCUUGACUGAAGGAGCGGAGCAGAACAGAUAUGAUGGAAUGACCCCACUCUAUGCCGCAGCAAAACUUGGUCAUUUACACAUCGUAGAAUUCUUCAUUUCCAAAGGAGCUGAUGUGAACGAAGAAAAUGAAGAAGGGAUGAUUGCUCUCCAUGGUGCAGCUACUCGAUGCCACAUGAAAGUCAUGGAAUAUCUCAUUCAGCAAGGAUCUGUUGUGAACAAGAAAAACAACUCCGGGCGGACGUCUUACAAUGCUGCCGUUAAAGAGUGCCAUCUGGAAGCUGUCAAAUAUCUCGUAACUGAAGGAGCGAAGCAGAAUAGAUAUGAUGGAAUGACUCCACUCUAUGCCGCAGCUCAAUUUGGUCAUUUAGACAUCGUCGAAUUUUUUUAAUCAGAUGGAGCUGAUGUGAAC